UUCCCGGCCGUUCCGGCAAGCGCCAACAUUAGCUUUGAAGCGCUGGCAUAUCUUUCAUCUCUUGCCAUUGCAACGGGAAGGUUACAGUGGCGAGCAUUUGCCAUCAAAUGGCCUCACUCUUUUGGAGGCCCAACAGUUUGGAAAAUUUCUCUUUUUGAUAAUGGCAAUGAUCGGAUCAGAAGAAAAAUUAAACAGUGAUUAUGAUGAUUCGAAAUUUUCAUCGUCAAUCUUUGGAACAGUCUUAACAUUCCUCUGCCGGGUCCCUCAGAACUUGAAUCUCCAGAGGGUCUGGACCGAGCAUCAGAGAAGCUGUACUCAGCAAUGGAUGGAUGAUUUGAUUGCCACCUUUGAACUUGUGGCAAAGAUGGUAGCGAACCAGAGGUCUGGUUCGUCAUUUUGCACUUUUGGUAUGCGAGAUGCACAGUUGAUCCACGACCAGGCAAAUCAUUUUGUGGUAGUUCCCACCAAAACUGGGGACAAUGAUUUUGCACAGGUGCCUUUGAGUUAUGUGACCGAUAUGAAGCGACUAUACACCCACUGUUUUGAUAAGUGGGCGCCAGGUAUUGUGGAUGUGCACGAUCCAAAAUGGGCUACUUCUUCUGCCCACCCGGCGUAUUUUUCUCAUUUGGUGCAUCCUCCACAAGAAAGACAAGCACCACCUGAUGCAGGUACUGGUCCGAUCCAGGUGGUAAAACCUUUGUUCAAACUUUUAGCUCCAGUUCCUCCAGGAAAAAACCCUUUUGAGGUAUUCAUGCCAAAGUUGCAAGCAAAGACAAGCCCAUUGAUUAUGAAUCCCAACGGUAAGACCAAGCAUCCCAUUUAUUUUCGUUCUGCUUUUGAAGGUUCUUGUACUUGUGACGCAACAGGGAUCUGUCGAUCCUGCUAUCCGCCUUUGUCGGCGGGAGUGGGACAGGAACGCAUGCAUGUUGACUUCAAUGAUCCCUGUUGGCAGCGAGACAAUUACCGAGAAGAACAGUGGGCGCCAGUGGUCAAAUUUGUAAAGCAUUACCACGGGCUUGGGCUUCUUGGUCCAACACAGUGGUUGAAGGAUACCACUCCCAAUACACCUUGGGCACCUUGA